AUGCCGGGGUUCCAACCACCGUCCGUCCCGGAUGGCCGCGAGCGAGUCCGCCAGGGCGAGCCGGGCUGUCAGCUGGUUGGCGGCCGCGCCUUGGAGGCCGGGCUACAGCGGAGCCGAUUGGCUGGCGCCGCGAGCAAGGGCAGCGCGGCCUUCAGCGCCGCGCCGGCGCGGAUUGGCCGCCGCGGGACCCGCCCCCCGCGCCGAUUGGCUCGCGCCGGGGGCGGCGAGGACGGGGGUGGGCGCAGCGGGUGCGGCUCGCCGAUCGCCGCGGCGGACCCGGCGAGAGCGGCGGCGAGAGCGAUGGCGACGGCGGCGGCGACGGCGGGCUGGCUGCUGGGGCGCCGCGCGGGGGCCUGGAGGCUGCGGCCGCGCGCCGGGCUCGUCCCGCACAGGCGCCACUCGCUCCUGCCCGUGGACGACACGAUCAACGGGCUGAGCGAGGAGCAGAAGCAGCUGCGUCAGACUAUGGCUAAGUUUUUCCAGGAGCACCUCACCCCCCGGGCACAAGAGAUUGAUCAGAGCAAUGAGUUCAAGAACCUGCGAGAGUUUUGGAAGCAGCUGGGCAACUUGGGAGUCCUGGGCAUCACUGCCCCUGCUCAGUACGGUGGCUCUGGCCUGGGCUACCUGGAGCACGUGUUGGUGAUGGAAGAGAUGAGCCGAGCUUCUGCAUCUGUGGGCCUCAGCUAUGGCGCCCACUCCAACCUCUGCAUCAAUCAACUUGUUCGCAAUGCAAAUGAGGCCCAGAAAGAGAAAUACCUCCCCAAGCUGAUCAGUGGCGAAUACAUUGGUGCUCUAGCCAUGAGUGAGCCGAAUGCUGGCUCUGAUGUUGUCUCCAUGAGACUCAAAGCCGAGAAGAAAGGAGAUUAUUAUGUUCUGAAUGGCAACAAAUUCUGGAUCACCAAUGGCCCGGACGCUGAUGUCCUUAUUGUCUACGCCAAGACAGACGCAGCUGCUGUACCAGCUUCUCGGGGCAUUACAGCCUUCAUUGUGGAGAAGGGGAUGCCCGGCUUCAGCACUGCCAAGAAGCUAGACAAGCUGGGCAUGCGAGGUUCAAACACAUGUGAACUGGUCUUUGAAGACUGCAAGGUGCCUGCUGCCAACAUCCUGGGCCAUUUGAGUAAGGGUGUCUACGUGCUGAUGAGUGGAUUGGAUCUAGAGCGGCUCGUGCUGGCUGGUGGACCUAUUGGAAUUAUGCAGGCAGUACUCGAUCACACGAUACCCUACCUGCACGUGAGGGAAGCCUUUGGCCAGAAGAUCGGCCACUUCCAGCUGAUGCAGGGAAAGAUGGCUGAUAUGUACACCCGUCUCAUGGCCUGUCGGCAGUACGUCUACAAUGUGGCCAAAGCCUGCGACGAGGGCCACUGCACGCCCAAGGACUGCGCAGGUGUGAUUCUCUAUGCAGCAGAAUGUGCCACCCAAGUGGCCCUGGAUGGCAUCCAGUGUUUCGGUGGCAAUGGUUAUAUCAACGACUUUCCCAUGGGCCGCUUUCUUCGAGAUGCCAAGUUGUAUGAGAUUGGGGCAGGGACCAGCGAGGUGAGGCGGCUGGUCAUCGGCAGAUCUUUCAACUCGGACUUCCACUAACCCGGGGCCGGAGCAAUAGCAUAGCAGAUAGGGCGUUUGCCUUGCACAUGGCUGACCCAGGUUUGAUAUCCGGCAUUCUCUAAGGUCCUCUGCGCCUGCCAGGAGUAAUUUCUGAAUGCAGAGCCAGAAGUAACCCCUGAGAACUGCCGGAAGUGACCCAAAAAAUAACCAAAAAAAGAAAAGAAAACGGACUUCUACUAACCUGAGACAACCCAGCCACCACCUCUCUCACCACCUAGAGGCCUUUUAUGAGCAGAAGUGGCAGCGCUCCUUCCCUACCCAAGGAAGGCCCACAGCACAGCUCUCCUGCUUCGUCAGCCCUCUGGCCUCCGCAAGAAGUAGAUCCCAGCACUGCCACCACCACCCAGCCUGCUCUGCUCUCAGGGUUGUGCCAACCCCCAAGAACAGCAUUCCCAGUUCUGAAGACCCACAAGAGCCUCACAUCACUCCCGGGCA